UUAUCCUUUAAAGAAAAUUAUAUCUACAAAUAUGCUACCACCUCCUCCUGCAACAUAUCAAAGUGCUAAGGAACAUCUCCAAAAAUGUUCAAGUAUUCACCAAUUCUCAAGGUUACGUGUUGAGUUUAUAAUAGCUCAGGAACACAACAAAGACAAACAAGCACUCAAUAUAUCAGGACAUCCAAUAGUUCAUCAACUCACAAAGCAACAACUAGAUAAUGUUACAGAGAUGACUGCCUCUGGCUCAUGCUCUAGAGAAAUAAUAUCAACUAUCCAUCAAAAUAAUCCAUCAGCAUUUGCGAUAACAUUAAUCGAUGAGCUUAAAGAGCUUAUUCGUCGAUAUUCGUCUGUUCUUCUUAUGGAUUAUGAAGAAGAAGAGAAUUAUCUCUGGGCACUAACUUGCGUUGCUCAAUUGUUCGAUAGUAUAAUAUGA